AUGGCGGGCUCGACGACGUCGCUCCUCGACUCGCUCACGCUCCCGAACCCGUUCAACUCGUCGCCGGCGUCCUUCUUCACGUCGGCCGCCAAGUCGCCCACGCUCAACAAGUCGCCGCCGACCUCGCCCUUUGCGGCGCCGCAGCAGCAGCACCGCCACUACAGCACCAAGCGGCACCCGGGCAAGGACGAGGGCCCGACGGCCAAGCCGUCCGACGUCGAGAACCUGGUCGACGCCGACGACCGCGAGGCGAUCAAGGAGGAGGUCGAGGACAACGCCGAAACGUUCUCGAUCCUCAAGGACAAGUACCGCGCGCCGAGGCUCCCGCUCGUCUUCUGCCACGGCCUGUUCGGGUUCGACUCGAUCGGGCUCGCCGGCGUCAAGCCUCUGUCGUUCAGCUACUGGAUCGGCGUCGAGGAGGCGCUCGUCGCCAUGGGCGCCGAGGUCAUGAUUGGGCGCGUGCCGGCGAGCGCCUCGAUCGAGGAGAGGGCAAAGGUCCUGUGCCAGCUCAUCGGCGAGCGGUUCCCCGGGCGCGAGGUCAACCUCAUCGGCCACUCGAUGGGCGGUCUCGACGGGCGGUUCCUCAUCUCGCGCCUCAAGCCGACCAACUUCAAGGUGCGGUCCCUGACGACCAUCUCGACGCCGCACCGCGGCUCGUCAUUCGCCGACUACCUCCUCGAGGACAUCCUCGGCGCGCAACGGGUCCCGAGCUUCCUCGGCAUGAUGAAGGUGCUCGGCGUCCCUGGCGGCGGCGAGGCGUUCAACGACUUGACGACGACCAAGAUGGCGCGCUUCAACGAGGAGACGCCCGACGACCCGGACGUCAAGUACGUCAGCUACGGCGCCGAGUUCACGCCGAGCUGGAGCAACGCGUUCCGGAUCCCGUGGGGGAUCGUGUCGGAGCGAGAAGGCCCAAACGACGGGCUCGUGUCGGUCGAGUCGGCCAAGUGGGGCGACUAUCGCGCGACGCUGCACAACGUCAACCACCUCGACCUCAUCGGCUGGGUCGGCAAGGUGCGCUACUCGUUCGCGGCGUGGUCCGGGCACGAGAUCAAGUUCCGGCCCAUCUCGAUGUUCUGCACCAUUGCCGAGCAGCUCGCCGAUGAGGGCUUGUAA